UCACCAGUCUCUCACCAAAACUUCCCUCUUUCUCUCUCUUCAAAUUCAACCAAGAUAAAGAAGUGUUCUUUUUGCAUUGAAUUAAAAAAGCAGUUCUAAUGUAUCACUAAAGUAGUAAGUGAGAGAAAAUUAAAGUAGAUCAUCUUGCACUUCCUCAGCUCACUAGCUCAGAAAAUGAACAAAUUACAUCAUAUCUCAAAUUUUUACUCUUUUCUUUUUCCUUCAUUUUACUAAGUACUUCAUUUUACUUGCAUUAUAAAGUCAUAAAUAGAUAAACCCAUAAAUACUCACCCCUACCUUCGGUUUUUUUUUAAAAAGAUCACCUUUAAUUCAAAAAAAGCUCAAAUCUCUAUAUAUAUUUCUUAUUUUAUUUUCCCUUUUCUUUUUUUUUUCUCUCUCACACACACACUCUCUCUCCCCUUUCUUUGAACACUUUCACUCUCCUCCCUCUCAAGUCUCAAAACUACUACUACUGCCAUAUUAAUUUUUUCUUUCCCUAAAUUAAAUCUAGGGUUUUCUUUUUUCUCUAUCAUAUUCUGUUAUUUUGGGUUUCUCUCGAGAUUUUUAACUUUCUGGGUAUACGAAGAAAUCUGCUGCUGUUAAGUGAACUAACAAGACUUUGGUAGUUUCAAGGUUUAAUCUUUAAGAUCUGGGUUUUUUCUAUAUUACCAAUUAAACCCUUGUACAACUCUGGUUGUUGAGAUAUUUGGGUGUUUCAACUUCUGGGUAAGUUCUAAUUCUCUAUUUAAUUAAUUUGCCUACAAAAGGAAAUGUUUUCUUUGAUUAAUUGGGUAGGGUUUCAAAGUUUGGUGAAUGAAACCCUAGUAAAACCCUAAUAUAGGAUAUUUAAGCAUCUGGGUAGGUUUAUUGAGAAAUUAGGAGUUAAUAGUUGCUAGUAGUGGCACAAAAUAGAAGUGAUUCAAAUUGGGUAAAGUAAAUGUAUGGAUGGGAGAGAAGGUAUGGCAUUGCAAGGUUCAACUCCUUAUUAUCUGCAUAGAACAAUUCCUGGCUCUGGCGCAGGACAACCUGGACUGAAUACGCCUCCAGUUUUUAGACCCUCUUCAAACCCUAAUCUUUCUGCUCAGCCAAUUGUUAGGGCUAGUAAUUCUGUGGGUCCUACAUUCAAUGUUGAAGGAUCUCAGCCCAAUGUGCCUCAAGGAUUCACUAUUACCGUGGCCUCAACUGGGGGUUCACUGAAUGAGCCUGCAAAGAAGAAGAGGGGGAGGCCCAGAAAAUAUGGCCCAGAUGCUUCUGUACCGGGAGCUGCUUCAGGUUCUGGUACUGUCUCGUUGGGCCUCUCGCCGUCUACCCCAAAUUCGGGUACCCCGGCCGAGAGGAAGAAGAGAGGAAGGCCACCUGGGUCUGGGAGAAAGCAGAGAUUGGCCUCUGUUGGUGAUUGGAUGAAUAACUCCGCCGGUCUUGCAUUUACUCCUCAUGUCAUUCAUGUUGCACCUGGAGAGGACAUUGCUGCCAAAAUACUCUCAUUUUCACAACAGAGGCCAAGAGCUCUAUGCAUUAUGUCAGGCAGUGGUGGUGUUUCUGCUGUCACACUGCGUCAACCUGCAUCAUCAGCUGGAACUGUCACAUUUGAGGGCCGUUUUGAGAUAUUAUGCUUAUCUGGUUCCUACUUGGUUGCUGAAACUGGUGGAUCGCGCAAUCGGACUGGUGGUGUUAAUGUUUCUCUUUCUAGUCCUGAUGGGCAUGUGAUUGGUGGUGCAGUUGGAGGAAGACUAGUUGCUUCAAAGCCAGUUCAGGUGGUAGUGUGCAGUUUUGUUUACGGGAAUAUAAAGGGAAAAAGCAAGGAGUCUGAUUCAAAAGACGAGAAGAGUUCGGAACAACCGUUGAGUGAUAAAUCAUCAGUACAGAUUAAUGCUUCUUCUAGCCAAAAUGUUGCUGGCUCAUGGGCGGGUUCUAAAGGACUGGAUCAAAAGAAUCCUAACACUGACAUUGACUUGGCGAGUGGAUGAUGACUCAUAAAAACACAUCAUGUUGCUAGUUUGGGCGAUUUGUAAAUACAUUGUGUUGUGUAUUUAAAGCCUUUUAGAUGCAUGAGUUUUCGGAAAGACAUGAUCAUCAGUGCCCGAUUGAGAUAGGGGCAAAAAGAUAAUGGACGUUUCCUGACGCUGUGACAUGAUCUUCAAGCCCCGACUUUGGAAUCAUAUAUUGGCUGAAUAUGGGGUAGCCAGAUUUGAGAUAACCCAGUUUAGGUAGCAUUGGUAGGGAUAUUUUUAUAGUUAAGAAGAGUUUAUGAUGAGUGUUUGAGUGCUUCAGAUUCUGUUGUAACUCUUGUUGAUCAUUCUUAGUUUCUGAUAAAAACGAUUUUAAUGUUGUC